UAUUGUUGGAGAUGCAUUGUCUUACUCUCAUUCUUAUUACAAUUCUACAAACAUGUAAAGGAUGUUUCUCUGUUGCAGAGGAAGGAGAACCUGUGGAUUCAACUGUGAAACUUACCAAUAAUAUGACUCUUAAGUGUGUCUAUCCGAAGAUUGCAAAAAUAUCCUUGAUAUCAUGGAUUAAGAAGAGCAAAGGCAAAGAGACAAUUGCAGUCUUUAGUCUGCCUCAUGACUUGUAUAUUAAUAGCACAUAUAAAAACAGAGUCAGUAUUGUUAAUAAUACUGUGAAUGAUAAGUCCCUGGUUUUCAACAGUACCGCCGAGGCAGAUAUUGGCUUAUAUGUAUGCUCUUUUCAGAGCUUCCCAUUUGGAAAAUGGGAAAAGAAGAUACGGGUUGUCCAAUCGGGGAACUUUAUUCCUCCAGUCUCAGCAGCUUCUCAUGUUAUUAUUGAACCAGGGAGGAAUGUGACCUUUAGAUGUGAGACUGAUGCUGUGAUAGCAAUGAACAGUGUAAAAUGGAAAAGGGUCCAAGAAGAUACUGUGGAUAACAUAGUCCAGUGUAACCUCAAUUCAUCUGUUCAUGGUUCAGAUUACCAAGAACGUGUAGAGGUAAAUUGUUCUACCUCAGCAAACACAGUUGUGCUUAGGAAUGUCACACCAUCCGACGCUGGAAUAUUUUGUUGUUGUUACAUUGGAGCUUCAGGUGAAUCUGGAGAUAACUGGACAAAAUUGACUGUCACUGUUGAUGUUCCUUUGGAUUACAAGCAGACAAUUUUUGCCGUUGCUGGAGGUGCUGGAGCUGGAGCUGCCGUCUUGCUAUUAAUGCUCACCUUAUCCAUUGUUGCAACUGUUGUUCACUGUAGAAAAAAGAAGAGGAAAAGGAUCGUGAUGCCACCAAAAGUCCCUUUUACCUCUAAUAUCCAGCCGUAUAAUUCUUCUAGAAUAUCAGCCUUCCAUGGUCCACUGAAUGGAAGUGAAGGAGAAACAACAACUGCAUUUGCCACAAAGGAAGAGGCGAUCUAUGUCAACUACCAAUGAGGACAAAAAUGCGAGUUUGACCAUCUGUUCAAUGAGUUAGCCUGAAAUAUAUGUAGAUCUGCACUGAGAUUCUGUUCAGGUUAAUGUGACUCUUCUCCCAAUUACCUUUCAGUUUAUUCAGGAAUGAAGGGGUUCUUCACACACAUGUAUACACGCACAGAUGUACAGGGUGUUGUGUAUACAUUAGGAAAUAACAAAUGGUGACCCGCAAGGACUUGUUGGGGGCAUAUCAUUUCCCCUCCCCCAUCAUGUCCCCUUUCCUUUCCUUGCCUCCCAUAGCCUCUCCCCCUUUCUCUGCUUUCUUCUCUUCUUCCCACCCACCUUUGUCUACCCCCGUCUCCACUUUUCCCGCUUCCCCCCACAGCCUCUCUGGUAUGGUCCAUUUGUAUGGUGCCAGAGGAGCCAGGCCGAGUUGUUUGGUGGGGAACCUGCAAGGAUUUGUGUAGGGUACUUAACUUUUUCCUGUAUCUCCUUCCCCAUACUAUUUCCUUUCACCCUACUCCUGGCAGCCUUCAUUUGCUCACUUUUACCUACAUCCUUCUCUCCUUCAAACCUACUAAAUUUUAUCUGUCCCCCAUCUUCAUCUAUAUUAAUUUAUUUAUAUACUGCCUUUCUCCACAAUGAGGUCCCAAAGCAGCUUUGCCUUCAUAUUAUCCUCACAACAACCCUAAGAGGUAGGUUAGGCUGAAAGUGUGGAACUGGUUCAAAAUCUCCCAGUAAAUUUCAAUAGCAGACUGGUAAUUUGUACCUGGGUCUCCCAGAACCUACUCUAAAACUCUAACCACUACACUACUCUGGCUUUUGUUGGGGGUGUGGGAUGCUGUUGAAUAGUAGCAAGCAUCCAGGCCUAGGUGGGCCAUGCAAGUCAUGUGGUAUCAAGUUGCCCAGUGGUUGCUUCUGGGCCUGACCCAGAUGAGACAUCUCUUAAAGGCCAUGACAGAACUGGAAAGGGUCCUGCCCUUUCCCUUUGCCUUUUACUAACAGAAACCAAACUAAACUGUUAUGGUUGCCUAAAAACAGCCACUGAGGGCUGUUUUUUUAAAACUCCUUUCAGAAUUUUAUGCAAACCUUUCAGAAUUUUUUUCAGGAAGAUCUGUGUAGGAAGAUCUGUCUUGUCCAUUCAUGACUCCAGUCUCUGGAUUUAAGUGUCCAGAGAUCAGGGCCACUUGGCUAUUAGUAUAUAAGAUUUACACAGUGCUAAAACUUUGGCUGACAUGAUAACUGAAAGGAUGCAGCACAGCUUCUUUGUACUCCAUGUCUGAAAAUAGGUUUCCUGUAGAGGAAUGAGAGGCACUGAGCCGUGGCCUUCAAAUUGUUUUACAGUCAAGUAUUUAGUUGGUCAAAUGCAAUCAUCUACUUUCAUGACUUCAGAGGCCAACAGUGCAGUGAGGAUGUGGUCGAUGACUGGAAAUGUAUUGUCUUGCCAGAAUUCAGUUCACUAAAUAAGAAGCAUCCUCUUUCUUUAUAUCCAGAACGAGCAGCCUUUUGGGGAGUUCCUGCCCUUCGUCAUAAGUUGAUUGUGCAGGAUUUUAUACAGUAAACAUAUUGACGGACAUCAAAUCUCUAUUUUCUGUACCACAAGGAGGGAGAAAAAAUGUACACAAGGACUUUUGCCAUCAAAUUAUAGGUAACAAUUAGAAUAAUUUAUUUCUAAGGUUUAAUUGCAACAGAAAUAAAGGAGAACAAGAAUGGUACAUGAAUAAAUGUGGCAAAUUAGAGUAAAGUAUGAAGAGAGGACACUGGUCAACAUAUGAUAGGUACAUACACACAUAUAAACAUAUGUAUAUAUAUGUAUAUGUGUCUCCUGAAGAUAUCUAGACAAGAAAAGGUACAAGGGUAGACAUAAUCAGUGAAGAAAACCA